AUGUCUAUUUUGCUAAGUACACCUUCUUUCCAGACAUCGGGUGGAGUGAUCCACAACCCCGAGGAUAGUGCAAUAACAAAAGCUUUGGAAUCGUCAACCCUCAUCAUGAUCAUGCUGGCAUCGACGUGCCUCAACUCGGUAACCAUGUUUGUGAUUCUGCGCACGCGCAGUUUGCGACAGACCGGCCACGCCCUUCUGAUUUUGAACCUCUGUCUGGCAGACUUGGGCGUGGUAUUUUUGGGCAUGUCUUUCUCUCUCCUCUCGGUGUUUGACGGAGGACGAUUUGUGAUGUCGCAUCCAAUGAUUUGUAAGUAUCUGAACGGGUUUUUGACGCUGACUUUUUCUGUCACCGGCUUCGUGUUGAUAUCCUGCAUUGCUGUUGAUCGUCUGCUUCUCAUAGUUUUCGCUCUGCGUUUCCCGCCAACACGCAGACGCAUAUACGUCAUGGUCGCCGUAUCUUGGCUCACCGGACUGUCAAUUACAACGAUAAGGCUUCUUGGAACGGGGAGAGGUUUCGGGUAUUUGCCUUCAACUGAGAACUGUGCUGGGCCCUAUGGGGAUAUCAUCGGGACAAAGAGAUACUUGAUCAUCGCCGGAGCCGUUCUUAUGUCAAUGUUCAUCGUAGUUUAUGGCACUAUCACAUUCUAUCUUUGGAAAGGAGACCAGCGUCUUCUUCGGCACACCUUGGCCAGGCCAAAGCCGGUUGUGAAACCGAAGCCACCAGUGGGUGAGAAUGGGCCUAAUGAAAUUCGGAUGGACUCCCAGGUAAGGUUCAAGGUAGCUUAG